AUGGAUACGCGAUGCUUGACGCGACUGGACUCUGCACAUACUCCGGCUCCUGCACCGACCGCGGAGAACGACGCGUUCGACGGAGAGCUCUCCGAGUUGUCAGAGUCAGACGUCGAGAUGGACCCCGAGGCUCAAGAGGAGGAGGACGGAGCAGAAGAGCGGUCCAGACCUGAAGGAGAUGAGGAUGGCAAGUUGUCAGAAGACGAACGGCCUACCAAGCGCAGGAAGACUACAGGCGGAAGCUCUCGUAUCACCCGUACCCGUACUUUGUCAACCACGACCGCUACUAAGAAGAAGACCACAUCGGCACCCAAGAGGAAACCUGCUGCUCGCUCGCGUGCUCGAGGGAGCCGGUCGAAGAACAUCAUGAGCCUGCCUCUCGACGUCAUGUUAGAGGUCUUUACUGCCCUGCAACCGUCCGACCUCCUUGCACUCGCCCGUACAAGCAAAGCCCUUCGUCGCAUGAUGAUGAACCGUGCACAUGUCGACGUAUGGAAGGCCGCGCGCGCAAACGUUCCCGGUAUCGCAGUACCUGAACCGCACAACGGCGUAUCUGAGCCUGCAUGGGCACACCUGCUCUAUGGCGGAAGCGCAUGCUGUUCAUGUGGUACGAAGAACGUGCAGCGUGUCGACUUCGGCUUACAGAAGAGGCUAUGCACGGCCUGCAAAAAGCGAUCGCUCGUAUGGUCCUCUCAUGUCGCAAAGCUCGGCAUGGACCCGGCGCUCAUGGACCUUGUAGGCUACACGAACGUUGGUGGCUACUCGCACGGCUACGCUGCCAACAGCCGCUUCUAUUGGAAGCAAGACUUGUUUGACAUGGAGAGGAAACUCGCGGAGAUGCGAAGGGGCCCGGGCGGAAUGACUGCCAUACGUAACUUUCGAGCACAGCGAAUCGCGCAGGUUGACACGUGGAUGAAGGCUGUGAAAGCGUUGGAUGAGUCGAUGCAGCAGAGCAACUACGAUAGUGUCGUCUCACGCCUCACUGAUGCCGGAUACGAGAAACAGGACAUGCCUCUGCUAUCCAGCCUCACCGCCCUGAUCUCAACCAAGCAAGAACUGACCGAUGCAGCCUGGAAACGGCUACGGCCCAAGAUCGAACCAAAGGUGAUCGGAUAUAGGGAUAGACGGCUCGCUCUCGAAGAUAUGAGACGCCCCGGACGGCGCUCGCGGAAGGCCGCAUGGCUGUACCGCGACUUCUUGCACACGCUUGUGCCAGUCCAGUGGCGCUUCCUGCCUACCCCACAGCAUAUCAUCGACUCUCAGUGCCGCGAACUACCCUCGUUCAAAGCCUUGGUCGAUAUGAAGAAGGAACCGGACCAACAGGCGUGGGACGACGCCGUAUCCAAACUUCCUAUGGAGCUCUCCGCGCACCUUAUUUUACAACUUGCGAUCUUGAAACAAGCUCUACCCGAUCUCAGCGAUACGCCCGACAACUUCACUUUCGCGCUGGCGUCGGCCGGCUCGGACGCGUUCGUCUUGGACGCCAUCUCAGCGCGCUUUGCGUCGCUGGAUCUUGCGCGAUCGGUGUUCAUACGUGGCGAGCGCGACUGGACGACGGGGUGUGAUAACCCACACGCAUGGGAUAUGAUGUCGUUGUCCAAUGGCACUGGAAAGCCCAAGCUCAUUCCCCGAGGAUCAGCAGCCGUGCGCGCGGUCGCGCAGCUGGCCGGGAAGACCUUCGCUACGGUCACUGCGACUGAGCUGGACGUCGCGUGCGGCGAUACGUGGUUUCUCUGCGGGAGAUGUGUACAAAACGCGAACAAGGAUUGUGUCGCUUACAAAGGAUGGAGAGGUUUCGUUGAUCAUUGUGUACGAACCACCACAACCGGAUCUGACAUCCAUCAACCCGUCGUGUUCCCUACAAAGACUGGAACAGGCGAAUUCAAACGCACCAAUGCGCCCGGUCACCGGUACUGGGCGUGCACGCAUUGCGCGGAGUACUGCGUGAAACUGAGCCCGUACGCGCGUUCUUUCAUCACGUUUGAGCACGGCGUUAUGGUCCAUUCUUCUGCGAUGGAGACGUUUGUCUCCGAUGGAAAGGCGGAGUUCGCGUUUGGGGGGCGCGAUGAUUUGAUACUGCAUAAUAAGACGAAGCAUGAGAUUCAAGAUCCCAUUGAGCAUGUGGACUAUUUCUACUACGCCUUGCCGGGCGCUACUCGACCGGUGACGUGGGCGAACGUGCCGCGGCAGAAGCCGCAGCCUCAGCCUCAAGCGAAGGUCGCGCCUGUACCCAAUGCCGCACCUAUGUCCAGGUUUGGCACUGUGCCUACGACGAAGACUCCCGUCACCGGUGGCUUCAACUGUAUGCACUGUGCAAAGCCAGGGCAGAUUGGUCGGGCACGCGUCUUUACGGUCGAAGACGGUGUUCGCUCGCAUAUCAUGGCGAAACAUAUGGAUGCUGUGGGGACCAAGACUAAACAGAUGCUCGUCCUCAAGACCGACUUCAUAGCCGCAUCUUGA